AAAAAAAUUUAAUCAAAAAAAAUAAAAAUUUUUAAUUUUCUUGUAAAUUUUCAAAUUUUAACCCCAUAAAAAAGCAAAAAAUCAUGACAAGUGUCACAAGCGAGCAAUUUGAACGCGACAGUGAAGCCGAUGACGAAGCUUUCAUUGACGAAACAACCAAAUACCACACAAAAAGAACAGUAACUCUACAAAUGUUAUUAAGCGCCGGAAUUCUCGAGCCAGGCAAAGAUUUGAUCUCCAUCGAUUAUUUGGGUCAAAAAUUCACCGCCGAUCUCUUGCCUGAUGGAAAAAUCAAGCAUUUUGGCUCGACUUUUUUCACUCCCUCAGCGUGGGCUUUAUCGUGCAAGAAGAUGAUUUCCGACAAAAAAAGCGGAUGUGGUUGGAAUACCGUCAAAUACAAAGGAAGGAAGUUGGAUGCGUACAAGGCGAUUUGGCUGAAGCGGUGUCAGCGUAAACGAGACUCCACAGAGACCGAUGACGAAGAUACAAAGCCCGUUGUUGACGUCAAUAAGAAGGUUUUUCAGCAUAAUGUGAUCUCGAACAGGAAUAUCGAGCACGAUUUGAAUACUUUGAUCGAAUGUGUGCCAUGGGGAGUUGGGAAAAUUCAACCUUUUAUGGUUUCGAUCAAUAAUUCGGCACUUUUGAUGAUCGAUUUUCAUUGUCACUUGUCCUUAAAUGAGGUUUGCGGGUAUCUUGGAGGCGAUUGGGACUCUGGAAGUAACACAAUGACUGUUAAAUUCACUUAUCCGUGCUUGAAUGUCCCUCAAGAUUCGGAAAAUGCGACUGCUUGCGAGAUAAAUAUCCAAAAACAAAUGAUAAAAGACAACGUUAAGCUCGUCGGAUGGUAUCACUCGCAUCCAACAUUCGAAGCGCAUCCUACUUUACGUGACAUUGACAACCAAUUAGACUAUCAGGUCGCUUUAAGAGGCAAUAGUGAAGCAACAUACUCUCCUUGUCUCGCAAUUAUUAGCUCUCCAUACGACAAAAAGUCACUUGCACUCGAUUCCAACAUGAUGCCCUUUUGGGUUGUUCCGCCCUCCGAACAGAAAGCCCUCGAAUAUGGACGUCCCAUGAUGAUGCAUUACACCCCGAUCGUUGAACAAACUCUCCCUGCGGAAUUUCAACAACAAGCUGAACGAAUUGUCAAUUAUUAUCGUUCAUUCCGGGCGUUGCUCGACCUAAAUUUGAUCUUUAAAGACAAAAUUUCCUACUUUGAUGCGUUGAAAACCUCCAUGAUGGCUCGAAUUCCGCAAAGUGAGAACAAAGAAGACUUUUGGAACUGGAUUCGGGAGUUGCUGAAUGUGAAAAAAGUUGUUCCAGAAGCGCCGGUUCAGCCAAUUGUGAAUGCUGAAAUGAAAAAAGAAGAAAAUCCGAUGAUGCGAGAGCUGAUCGAACAAAAUACAUCGUUGCCGCCUGAACCGACAGCGGCGAAAAUUGAACCGGAAGUCAUGGAAACGGUAAAAAAGGGUGAAGUUAAGAAGGAGGAACAAGCGAUGGAAGUUAAUAAUGAUGAAGUAACGGAUUUGACGAUGAGUGAUGAUAAAGAAGAAAAGGUUAAAGAGGAAAAAACGGAGGAAAAAGUUGAACAAGUUACUGAGAGAUCAGUAGAAAGUGAAAGAAAGUCAGAAAGUAUGGAAUGAAAAGUUUUACUUUCGAGGUUUGAGUGAUUUUUUUAAGAGUUUGAAGGAUUUUUCAAAUAUUUUAAAUUUGU